AUGGCUUCCUCUGCAACAACGCCAAACUCACUAUCCUUCUUCUCGUCUUCUCUCUUUCUAUCCUCCUCUCACAAAAUCCCCAAAACCUACAUUUCCGUCGCGAAACCAAUCUCCGGCAGAGUUUCAAAGCCGCUCUCCGUCGCGUCCCAGCUAGCGACGCUACCUAUCCUCUCAUUCGAGGGAGACAAGAUCGGAGAGACGUACCUGGACCUCAAAACCGCUCCGGAGGACACCGCGCGCGCCGUCGUCCACCGGGCGAUCGUGAACGACCUGCAGAACAAGCGGCGAGGGACGGCGUCGACGCUGACCCGCGGGGAAGUUCGCGGCGGUGGAAUAAAGCCUUACUCGCAGAAGAAGACGGGAAACGCGAGGCGGGGGUCGCAGAGGACGCCGCUGCGUCCCGGAGGAGGGGUGGUGUUCGGUCCGAAGCCGAGGGACUGGUCGAUCAAGAUCAACAGGAAGGAGAAGAGGCUGGCGAUAUCGACGGCGAUAUCGAGCGCGGCGGCGGCGGAAGGCGGGGCGAUAGUGGUGGAGGAGUUCGGGGAUAAGUUUCAGAAGCCGAAGACGAAAGACUUCUUGGCCGCGAUGGAGAGGUGGGGGCUUGAUCCGAAGGAGAAGGCGAUGUUCUUGAUGAUGGAUGUCGAGGAGAACGUGGCGAAGUCGGGAAGGAACAUUGGGACGCUGAGGAUGCUGACGCCUAGGACGCUGAAUCUGUUUGAUAUUUUGAACUCUGAUAAGCUUGUGCUGACUCCUGCCGCGGUGGAGUUUCUGAAUGCUAGGUAUGGUGUUGAUUCGGAGAUUGACGAGGAAGAUGAAGAUGACACGGAAGGGGCAGAAGAAGCUGCGUAAUGAGCAAGGAGCUUAGAUUGAACCGGUGAAUGUGUAGCUUAUGAGUAUUUCAACUUCUGUUUCCUUUUUGUGACAACAAGAGAAAAUGUGCAUUUUAUUUAGAUUCUUGAACGAGAUCGUUCCUAUCUUCUUUCUCA